UCAGUGGCAUCAGAACCUUAAAAGAAGUUUCUUUGGCCCAGGAUUAAUUUCCAAAGACUCAAGUUACAUGAGGAAGCCACCAAGAAGAGCAACAAAAAGUGAUCCAGGGAUGGCUCUUCCUCAGGGACGCGUGACUUUCAGGGAUGUGGCUAUAGAAUUCUCAUUGGCGGAGUGGAAAUGCCUGAACCCUGCGCAGAGGGCUUUAUACAGGGAAGUGAUGUUAGAGAACUACAGGAACCUGGAGUCUGUGGACAGCUCUUUUAAAACUGUGAUGGAGUACUCAUCAACAGGGCAAGGCAAUACAGAAGUGUUACACACUGGGAUGUUGGAAAGACAUGAAAGUCAUCACAUUGGAGAUUUUUGCUUCCCAGAAAUCAAGAAAGAUAUUCAUGACUUUGAGUUUCAGUGGCAAGAAAUUAAAAGAAAAGUCCAUGAAGCACCCAUGACAAAAAUCAAAAAGUUGACAGGUAGUACAGACCGACAUAAUCAAAGACAUGCUGGAAACAAGCCUAUUAAAGAUCAGCUUGGAUCAAGCUUUCAUUCACAUCUGCCUGAACUGCACAUAUUUCAGACUGUAGGGAAAAUUGAUAAUCAAGUAGAGAAGUCUGUCAACAAUGCUUCCUUGGUUUCAACAUCCCAAAGAAUUUCCAGUAGGCUUAAAACCCAUAUUUCUAAUAGGUAUGGGAAGAAUUUUCUCCGUUCUUCAUUAUUCACACAAAUACAGGAAGUACACAUGAGAGAAAAACCUUUCCGAUGUAAUGAGUGUGGCAAAGCCUUUAAUUAUAGCUCACAUUUAAGGAGACAUCACAUAACCCAUUCAGGAGAGAAACAACAUAAAUGUGAUGUAUGUGGCAAAGUCUUUCAUCAAAAGCAAUACCUUGCAUGGCACCAUAGAGUCCAUACUGGAGAAAAACCUUACAAGUGUAAUGAGUGUUGCAAGACCUUCGGUCACAAGUCAUCUCUUACACGCCAUCAUAGACUUCAUACUGGAGAGAAACCUUACAAAUGUAAUGAGUGUGGUAAGACCUUCAGUCAGACAUCAUCCCUUGUAGGCCAUCGUAGACGUCAUACUGGAGAGAAACCUUACAAAUGUGAAGAAUGUGACAAAGUUUACAGCUGCAGAUCACAACUUGAAACACAUAGGCGAAUUCAUACAGGAGAGAAACCAUACAAAUGUAAGGUUUGUGACAAAGCUUUUAGGCAUAAUUCAUGCCUUUCACGCCAUAACAGAGUUCAUACUGAAGAGAAACCUUACACAUGCAAUGAAUGUGGCAAGGUUUUCCGGCGUGAUUCAUACCUUGCACAACAUCAGAGAGUUCAUACUGGAGAGAAACCUUACACAUGUAAUGAAUGUGGUAAGGUUUUUAAUCAAAAAGCACACCUUGCAUGUCAUUAUCGACUUCAUACUGGAGAGAAACCUUACAAGUGUCAUGAGUGUGGCAAGACCUUCAGUCAGAAGUCAUCCCUUGUAGGCCAUCAUAGACUUCAUACUGGAGAGAAACCUUACAACUGUCAUGAGUGUGGCAAGACCUUUGCUCGAAAUUCAUCCCUUGUAAUUCAUAAGGCAAUUCAUACUGGAGAGAAACCUUACAAGUGUAAUGAAUGUGGCAAGGCUUUUAAUCAACAAUCAAACCUUGCACAACAUCAGAGAGUUCAUACUGGAGAGAAACCUUACAAGUGUAAUGAGUGCGGCAAGACCUUCAGUCAUAUGUCAUCCUUUGUAUGUCAUCAUAGACUUCAUACUGGAGAAAAGCCUUAUAAGUACAAUGAGUGUGGCAAAGCCUUUAGUGGGCAGUCAUCACUUACUCAUCAUCAAACAAUCCACAGUAUAGGCAAACUUUACAAAUGUAAUGAUUCUCACAAAGUUCUCAGUAAUGCUACUAUCAUUUGCAAAUCAUUAGAGAAUUCAUAAUGAAGAGAGAUCUUACAAGUGUAGUAAAUGUGGCAGAGUUUUCAGACAUCGUUCAUAGCUUGUAGUUCAUUGGCGAACUCAUACUGGAGAGAAACCUUACAGAUGUCAUGAUUGUGGCAAGGUGUUCAGUCAAGCUUCAUCUUAUGCAAAACAAGAGAAUUCAUACAGGAGAGAAACCUCACAACUGUGAUAAUUGUGGCAAAGUCUUUUUUUUUUUCUUUUUUUUCUUUUUGAGAUGAAGUCUUACUCUGUCGCCCAGGCUGGAGUGCAGUGGUACAAUCUCAGUUCACUGCAACCUCCGC